UUGGCACCAUACCGAGCUACUGCGUUCUGACCUUUUAGCUUGCUGUCAGUUGGCAAACUCUACGCAGACAAGCACAAUGUCUAGGUGAACCGAAGUGGGUCCAGUAUUUCAGCAACUUCCUGUCAGAGAUGUCCCAGCAAGAUGCGUUCCAGUGACUUCAUAGCUAUAGACGAGUUCAACAACAUCAUCUUCCUCCUCCAGGAACAUUCCAAGAACUGUUACAGGCUCUCCCAACAGCAGUGGCCAGUCUAAUGUGCUGGCCACUGUGAUGGAUGGUAACUUGAGCAUUUUACGUGUGAUGCUGCAGACUCCACAGGCUCUGAAACAGACAGACCUUAAUCGAAGCAUCAUCUAUUCUGCUAAACAUGGGCUUCUUGAGUGUGCAUCUUAUCUUGUUGAUGCAGGUGCAGAUGUUGAGUGGGAGGAUGCAAGCGGUAACCAACCCUUACAUCAUAGUGUAGCUGCCAAUCAAGUUGAAAUGACCAAGUUUUUGCUGGAAUCAAGUGCAAGCCCUAAUGUUAUUGGAUUAUCUAGAUGUUAUCCUUUGCAUAUAGCAGCCAAAACCAACAUGACAGAAUGCAUGGAACACCUUGUUAAUCACAAAGCUCAUCUAAAUGCAAGAGAUUCUGCAGGGCAAACUCCUUUGAUUGUUGCUACUCGUGAACGCCGCUUCAGUGCUGUGAAGUAUCUCAUCGCAAAAAAAUGUAACAUCGACUGUCAAGACAAGAGUGGCCGUACAGCACUUCAUUAUGCCAGCCAAAAUGGUACAGGUGUGGACAUACUGUUGGCAGCUGGUGCAAAUCCCAAUGUGUGUGAUAUAAACAACUGCACUCCUCUACUACUUGCAUCAACAGAAGGCUUCUCUCAUGUUGUAAAGUUGCUUUGUCAAGCCAACUGUAACCCAAAUAUUGCCAAUGACUCGGUGAAAAAAACGCCUUUGCACAUUCUGUCAUUCAAAGGGCAUUCAGACUGCAUCAAUGACCUCCUGUUAGCUGGUGCUGAUAUAAACUUGCUAGAUAGUGAAUUUCACACUCCCCUGUGGUAUGCAGUAUCCAACUGGCGUCUGGAAGUUGUGAAGUUGCUCCUGAAAGCGAAUAGUCAGGUAGAUACUUAUCAGUGCCAGAAAGGUAUUCCAGAAGAUAGCUGUCCAGUUCAACUGGCAAUAACAAAAGGCAACACUGCUGUCCUCAAAAUGUUUAUUGUCUCGGGCUUUGAUACAUUGCACCUUCGAGAGAAUUUGCCAUCGUCAGACUUACCUAUUGAUCUACUCACUGACCUCAGUUUUUGGCUACAAAAGGUUCAACAAACCAUGACACUGAAACAGCUAUGCAGACGUUGGAUCAGACACCAUCAUGGAAUUCGACUAUUUCAUGACCUUAGUUUGAUGCCCAUACCACAGGGCCUUCGUGACUUCCUACUGUUGAAGGAGCUGGAUGACAUUCAUAUAUAACAAUCAGUUCCUUCAGCAAACAUUGUUAUCCUGGCAUUUUGAGUGAGUGAGUUAAAAUUUAUUGUCACACCUGGCAUUUUGGGCUUUCUAUCGGAUAACGGUAAACUAUUUUGUUAACAAAAAAAUAUUAUUUGUUAAUAUCAUUCCGCCUACCUUCUGCAUGUCAUAACGGUAACCUGCCAUUACAGUCGAUGCAAUCUCAAAGUCUUACAGGACGUGACGUCACAUGUUUUCGAUCCUUUGGUUGGCUGUAUAUUUUUAGCAAUGUUGUAAUAGUAGAACAUGCCCGUUGGAAACAAAACACCAACGGAUGUAGAUUUCCCAUUCAAUUCAUCAUGUAGAGUAGCAUAUGAUACAGAAAGUCGUAGUAGUAGCAUUAAUGAUCCCUGAAUUAAAAUUAAUCUUUUGUGGGUCUUUGAUUGAUGCUUACUCAUGGAAACUUGAGUAGUAUACUGAUGUCAGACCGAUAGCUGGGAUCAGCUUGUUGACAUUUGGACUGCUCAUGGAUUUUCUCGCAUUCUCACACUAUAAACAGGAACCGUUAUGGCGGAUCGAAAACAUAUGACGAUCGGAAACGUAAGACAAUAUGAGAUAGUACAGUCAACCUUCGUUUUAAAGAUGGAUUUGUAAAAAGAAUUAUUUUGGAGUCCCAAGUUUCCAAAAUAAACAUAAUAUUCCCCUGGUAACUCAAACAGUUCAAAAGUAAAAAACAUUAUCAGUCCUGUUUGGUAUUUUAGAAAUUCCCUGUAUUGGUUGUCUUGAUCUGUGUAAGUGAAACUUUUCGCCAAGUUUAGACUGUGUGUGAGUCUAAGAAUGGAGUAAAAUGAUGUCCCCCAUAUGUUUGUUUUUUUCAAAACUGUUUAGUGAAUAGUUAUAAGACUAAAUUUAUGCAAAAUAUCCAAAUGUGAGUAUUGAAUUUUACAUUUUUCCAGCAUUGUCACGUUCAUUGAGUUUUGAAAAAAAAACUUGUAUAGAAUCUAUUUAAGACAGGGAUACUUUGGCAUGUUGAAUUCCAUUUUGUGUUCUAAACCAAUAGAAAGCUCUUAUAGCAUUUGCCUUGUAGUUGAAAGUCCCUUAAUACUUCAUGUGCUAUUACAUUUGGAAGAAUUCUUAAUAAAUCAUAGGUAAGUCAUCGCAGUG